AUGGACCCAGUGAAUAGCACAAAAACUUCCAAAAUUCUUCUUCUGGGAUUUUCAGAGGAACCAAAACUGCAGCCUCUCAUAUUUGGGCUUUUCCUCUCCAUGUACCUGAUCACUGUGUUUGGAAACCUGCUCAUCAUCCUGGCCGUCAGCUCAGACCCCCACCUCCACACACCCAUGUACAUCUUUCUUUCUAACCUGUCCUUUGUAGACAUCUGUUUCAUCUCCACCACCACCCCAAAGAUGCUGUGGAACAUCCAGAUGCAGAGCAAAUUUAUCACCUAUUCAGGCUGCAUCACUCAGAUGUACUUUUUCACACUCUUUCUAGGGCUGGAUGACUUCCUCCUGACCAUGAUGGCCUAUGACCGGUUUGUAGCCAUCUGCCACCCCCUGCACUACAGGGUCAUCAUGAACUCAAAGCUCUGUGGACUACUGGUCCUGGUUUCAUGGAUCAUGAGUGUUCUGCAUUCCUUGUUGCAAAUCUUCAUGGUGUUGCAACUGUCCUUCUGCAAAGACUUGGAAAUCCCUCACUUUUUCUGUGAACUCAAUCGGAUGAUCCAAUCUGCCUGUUCUGACACAUUUCUUAAUAACAUAGUGAUGUAUUUUGCAGUUGGGCUGCUUGGUGUUGCUCCCCUGGCUUUUAUCCUUUACUCUUACUCAAAGAUAGUUUCCUCCAUACAUGGAAUCUCAUCUUCUCAAGGGAAGUAUAAGGCAUUUUCCACCUGUGCCUCUCACCUCUCAGUUGUCUCCUUAUUUUACUGUACCUGCUUAGGAGUGUACCUCAGUUUUGCUUCUACUGACAGCUUACAGUUAAGUGCAGUUAUCUCAGUGAUGUACACUGUGGUCACACCCAUGCUGAACCCCUUCAUCUACAGUCUGAGGAACAAGGACAUAAAGGGGGCUCUAAAGAGAUUUUUUUGGGAAAAGUGUAAAAGGGCCAUUUUUCCUAUGGUGAAGAAUUGCCACAAUUGCAGUGAUCAAACCCUCAACAUCAGAAAUUGUAAUCCUAUGAUAAGACUGUGA